CCUAUGUCAUUUGUGUCAUUUCAUUUGUGACAUUAAUGCAUUCACAUGGUCAUGGUGCCUAGAUCGUAAGUUCUAAAUAUUUACGACGCUCCCAACCGAGUUAAAUUUCCGAAACGGAACCAUGGCUGUGUUCGAAAACUUAGACAGCUGUCUUAAUCCUUGAUGUCUUACUAGACAGGUGUCUAACGAGACAGCUCUCUUCGGGGGAAGGUAUCUUAAAAAUCGUUGUUUUCGAACGGCCUAUUAAGACAGGAUGUACGUCAUCGCGCUGCGUGUACUUAAGCGCUCGCACUCGUGCUCUCUGUCAGACGGCAGUCAUUUGCAUUGCAUCUUCCAGCGACCAGCGGUUUCAAAGUGCCUUUCAAAUGAUAUCGAGAAUUCAUUAUCACUCAAGUUUAUUGUCACACUAGGGUCAAGUUAUAGUCGUAUUUAAACUUAAAUUUAGCUAAAAUUUAAAUUAAGUUAGAUUCCAUAAAGUAGUUUGAGGUAAAGUUGCGGUAAUUUAAGUUACCGCAAGGUAAGCUAGGUUAGCUUAGGUACUAGCUAGUACUGUAAGGUAAGCUAAAUUAAGGUAAUCUACAUAAAGUUAUUAAGAGAAACUUUAAUUUAGUUAGUUUUAGGUUUGAAAUACUCUAAAAAUGGCGAGAAUGGUGCACAUUGUUCAUGAGCUUAUGCAGGAGUGGAUGGAGGAGGAGAGGUGCCGAAUGGAGCAGGACAGGGCUCAGCGCAGAGCCUACCGCGCAAGGAUGGAGAUGUUGGCAGCAUACUCCUUUGAGGUAGAUUUUUAAAAUAUCAUUUUGAAAAUACGUGAUUAUAGUAAAAUGUCAAUUAUCGCCGUGUGUGACAUAAUUCUGCUAUGUAGUUAUGUGUGUAGUUAUCGUCGAGACACAAUCACCACGUACAGCAUCUAGCUAGCUACCGUCGACCUUACCUUUCUGAGGUAAAUACAGUAGUCGCUCACGAUAGCUUCAUACUAUCCGUGAUUAUAGUAAAAUGUCAAUUAUCACCGUACAACCAUUAUGUGAUAUUUACAGUUUUGUUCAUUAAUGUGCACUGUCAGUUAAUUUGUUCAUUUUAAUUAAUUAACAUUUAAUUAACAUUUUUUUGUCAGUUAAUUUGUUAGUUUUGUUCAUUAAUGUGCACUGUCUGUGCACAUGGAUGGAUGAAUUUAAAUAAAUAGCAUAUUCGAUGAACAACUGUUUAACAUUGUUUACAUGUCAUCAAUUUCAGGGUGGUGUACGGUAUGCCAGCCUGAACAUGGCACUGCCCCUUCUCCGGCGUUAUUUUGCUGGGGAAGACACCCGCCCUGAUUUCCGGCUCAGCAGAGCCUCCAUCACUAGUCUGCUGCAGCUGCUCAACCAGGAGCGGUGCCAUGGAUGGGGGCCAACCAUAGAGGUCCUGGUGUUGCUGUUUUGGCUGGCCAGCGGUGCGUCGUACCGCGUGGUGUCGAGGCCAUUCGACAUGCCCAAGACCACAGUGCACAACGUUGUCCAUCGGGUCUGUGACUGUGUAGUCGUGGCGAUGCCAAGAGUCAUCAGAUUGCCUUCCACUGCAGAGGGGCAGAGAGAAGUAUCAGAGGGUUUUGCCCGACUGGCUAGGCAUGGGGUUUUUGCCAGGACCAUGGGAGCCAUUGACGGCUGCCAUGUUCGUAUCAAGUCCCCGGGAGAGCCCCAUGGCCAGGAUUAUUUCAACAGGAAAUUGUUCCAUUCAAUACAGCUGCAGGCGGUGUGUGACCAUGCAGGGCACUUCAUCGAUGUGUUUGUGGGUUAUCCAGGUUCUGUCCACGACACCCGGGUCCUGAGGCACAGCCCCCUGUUCCAGUCUGCCGCGUACCCACCCCCUGAUACCUUCUUGUUGGGUGAUGGGGGGUACCCCUGUCAGCUGAGGCCCAUAUCCCUCAUCACGCCAUACAAGAAUCCACUCAGGGGAGUGGCAGAACAGAGGUUGGUACAUUAA